GAUCGCGUCCUCUAUUGGGAACUGGCAACACAGUUACCACACCACGUGACCUGCAAAAAGUUUUCUAGGCCUCUUCUGCAUUCUACAUUUUAAUGAUUCCAAAAUAAAGACCUAAGGCUUCAGAAUACUGACCUAACGUGUUCAAAAAUAUCGGUUAGAAAAUAUUUCAUUAGAGGGCGCGGUUUGUAGCGUUUGGUUGUUUGAAACGUCGAAAACAUAGACAACACUGCCAUGGUAGUGUGAAUUUUAGGUUAGGUUGUCGUGGGACAAAUAAUACGUAAACAUGAGGUUUCGGUUUUGUGGCGAUGCCGAUUGUCCGGAUUGGGUUCUUGCUGAAAUAAACACCCUUUCCAGACUGUCUUCGGUUAAAUUAAAGCUCUUAGGGCAAAUGGCAGUGAAAGGUAUAGUACACCCACCCUUUGACGUCGAGAAACUCAAUAAAUUGUUUAUUGACUCUAAGCUUGAUUCCGAUAUCGAUUUAAAAGCUUGUAUAGCGUGUUUAACUUAUAUAAUAUCGUCGGCAACUCGUUUUAAUUGUGAUAGUAGCGCUUUGCAGUCGGAACUUCAGCAACUUGGUUUACCUCGAGAACAUAGCACUUCUAUUAAAAGGGUAUUUGAAGAUCAGAACGCAAAUUUAGCCGAAACGUUUAAGACACAAUCUUUAAAAGUGAACGCUUUGGAGCAAUUCGCAGCUAACGCCGACAUGGAUUUGAAUUGCGUUAAAGUGGACUUGACAAAUGCUGGAAAUACUAGGACUAUAGCACUAGCGCCUGGCACAGUAGAUGCAUUAUUAGCCGACUUGAAAAGUGUUAGGAAGACUAUGGCUGAUCUGAAUGACUAUAUGUGACAUUUAAUCUAGUUAUUUUGUUAAUAUUUAGAGAAAUAAAUCAAUUUAUAAGUAA